AUGGAUCAUGAAGGAAUGAUAGCAUCUACCGAACUGAGAAGAGUGUUGUUGGCGAAGAUAUUGGCGUUCGUUCUUUGAAGGCAGUCUCAAAUCCUUCUGCACUGCAUCAUUCUCAAUUAAGGUGUGAAGCUUCAAAACACAGAGGACCAACCUGGUUCCACUCUUAGAAGUUACUAGUUUGUGCAAAUAUAACUCAACAUUCACAAAUGUUGGUAUUUCAAGCAAAAUGCAUUAAACGCAUGGAAGCUGUUACUCAGAGGUUUAUAUCUAGAUGGUCCACUACAUUUUAUGCUCGUUAUUCUGAUACUCCUCAUAAGAAGUCUAAGCUUGCACCUUUGCAGGAGAGAAGAAUGAUAGACCAGUGUAAGGUAUUUGCAAAAGCAGGUGAUGGAGGUAAUGGUUGCUCCAGCUUACGCAAGGGAAGACCUGAUGGUGGCAAUGGGGGGAGAGGCGGUGAUGUGAUUCUGGAAUGCUCUCCCAGAGUUUGGGACUUCAGUGGUUUGCAGCGUCACUUGAUAGCUGAGAAAGGAGGACCUGGAUCAUCAAAAAAGAUGAUAGGCACCACGGGUGCUGAUAAGGUUGCCCGCGUACCAAUUGGCACUGUACUUCAUCUUGUUAACGGUGAUAUUCCUUCUAUUGUUAAAAUUCAAUCCUCAACAGAUGUAGACCCUUGGGAGAUUCCUGGAGCACUUGUUGAAGAUCUUCCCUACCCUGCCAAUGGUUCAACCUCAAGUAUUACAAGUGGGGAAGUCAAAGCAAUACAUUCUACUAGCUGUUCCUCAUCACAAGCCGAAGAAACAAAUGUUGAGAAAUCUGAAAAAUCAAGACAAGUUGCAUCAACAGAUGUAUUUUCUAAACUCUCCACUUCUAAUGGAGCUCCUGAAUUUGGUACAGAGGAAAUAGGGGAGAAACAAGAGAUACUAUACAAUGUUGCCGAGUUAACAGAAGAAGGUCAACAAAUUGUCAUUGCUCGGGGAGGAGAGGGUGGUCUGGGCAAUGCAUAUUGUUCCAAAGAUUCAAGGAAGCCUGUGAGUAUGAAGGCAGGGGCAUGUCAACACGUAUCUAAUCUUCAGGACCCUGACAGUGUUCACUCCUCUCUGCAUGAAGGUUCACCAGGUUCUGAGACUGUUCUUAUAUUAGAACUCAAGAGUAUUGCUGAUGUGAGCUUUGUGGGAAUGCCUAAUGCUGGUAAAAGCACUUUACUUGGGGCUAUAUCAAGGGCAAAGCCUGCUACUGGUGACUAUGCCUUCACUACUCUUAGGCCAAAUUUGGGAAAUCUAAACUUUGAUGAUCUCUCAAUAACCGUGGCUGAUAUUCCUGGACUUAUAAAAGGUGCACACCAAAAUCGUGGACUCGGACAUGCAUUUCUGCGCCACAUAGAACGCACAAAGGUUCUUGCUUAUGUGGUAGACCUGGCUGCUGCUUUAAAUGGAAGAAAGGGAAUUCCACCAUGGGAACAACUGAAAGACUUAAUUCUUGAGCUUGAGUACCAUCAAGAUGGUUUAUCCAAUCGACCAUCCUUGAUAGUUGCUAAUAAGAUUGAUGAGGAGGGUGCAGAUGAAGUGUAUAAAGAGUUAAAGAGGAGGGUCCAGGGUGUUCCCAUCUUUCCUGUGUGUGCUGUUUUGGAGGAAGGGAUAGCAGAUCUUAAAGCAGGCCUUAAAAUGCUUGUCAAUGCUGAAACGUCAUAUAGACUUUCCCUAGAUCAGAUUUUGCUUGCUUAGAUUAUUAAUUCAUUAUUUAGAACUCCUUUUGUAACUGUAAGUCCUUUUUUUAUUUUCUGAAGAAUUCUUGUAACUGUUAGUCAAGAUGUCCUAAGGCGAGGAAAUAUAGAAUGGAAAAAUGUGAUUUAUGCGUGAUGUGAUGUCCCCAAGUUCCUGUAUUGUCAUGAUCUCAUGGGAUAGAUGCUGUAUAUGGUUUGAAUGUGAUUGUAGCUCUCAUCCAUAUAAG